AUUUGUAUAACCUCCACCACUACCACUCGAAACGCUUCGCUGCGCUGCGCUGCCCUGCACACUGCAGUGCCAUCCAGCCUGGCAAGCCCCCUCGACACACUGACAGACAGGCAGGAUCCCCUUCCAUGUCCUGUAACGCCUUGUUCUCUCUCUCUUUUCUCAUCUCUCUUCGUUUCUUUUUCUCCCCGUCUCGUGGUCUCGCCCGUUCACCCUCAUCCUUUCCUCCGCUAUUCCCCACGCGGCUACAGCAACACGGCAAAUAGCACCCUAUCUACCUGCCUACCGUCCAGACGAACCAUGCAGCCCUCGAACGACCUCGUUCCCCUGACAGGUUGGAGUCAGCCAUGCAGCCGCCACGCUGUCUGUCGUGCCCAGCUGCAUCCAUCGCCUUUUGCGUGCCAUUGCACUUGAGCAUCCAGAGGGUGACGACAGCAGCAGUGGCAAUGCUGUUGAUGAUGAUGAUGAUGAUGAAUGAUGAUGGCAAGCACAGGAACAAUUGGUCCGGCCUGAGAAUCCGUCCCUUCGUCUCGCCUCGACUCACCAAAAUGCGCGAUCUUCAAACCUUAAAAUGUCGAUGAUGAAGGAAAAGAAAAGGAAAAAGGAACAUGCAAAAAGGUUCGAGAUACCAAGGCGGCAGAAGCGACAAACGAGAGAGAAAAAGCAAACGGCCGCAUCGUGGACGCCGCCAUCCCAUCCUGGCGGGUGUUGCGCCACAAGAUGCAUAUGCAAGCUACUGGGGGGUAUCACAUCCACCUCGCAAAGAGACAUGUACAAAUGGCGGCUCUGGUGAGGGGCAUUCCUCAAUUAAUCAACCAAAGACCGACCAUCCCGGCAGACAGACACUUCGCUUCGAAGCCCUUCUGCGCAAAAACGUUCCCCGUCACCUUUUGGUCGCCCCCGUCUUGUUUCGCCUUGCUCGCUCUCCGGUGCAACGACGCUGCAUCAAUCUCAUGCGAUACACAGAGAUCCAUGGGCAGAUAGGUCGCCGCCUACACCACCCUGGACCGGUUGACCGUUUGUUUUUCUUUUUCCUCUCAUGUGCCUGA